AUGUAACAAAAUACCCCCUUUUAAUUCCCUAAGAACUGGAAUUCUAAAAAGGUAAAUUAAGUUUUAUUCAUAAUUAAUAGCUGACUUAAUUCUCAAAGUAUUAACUCAUUAAUCUGAGUCAAUGCAAAGAAGAAAUCAAGUAAUCCUUUUUCUUUUAUAUGGAAAUAAUAUGCGAUAAUUAUAUUCAAUCUGUUUCAGUUAAAAUCGUUACACUUUCUUAUGAAUUAAUCUCGAGAAUUGAUCCUCAAACCAUGAAAUAUUUAUUCAUAAUAUUGCAUUUUUGUUUAUUUUGA